CUCAAUAGUUGCGCGGGAACAAAAGCUCUCAACUUUGGGGAUUUUUCCUCUACUGAUGUAAAAGCUUGGUUUUUUAUUUUACACUCUUAUUCCACUCGUGAGGGGUUUUUCCCUCAAUGGUGGGAGUGCUCUUAACAAUAAAACCAAUGUUUCUGCUAGCAAACAUCUUACACGUUUGAUAUAUACACCAGAAAUUAGAGCCAAGCCAGCUGAAUUGGAUAAGAUGAGACGAAGAUUGGUGCUUUUCCCUUUACCAUUGCAAGGGCAUCAGACACCCAUGCUUCUGCUUGCAAGCAUCUUAUAUUCAAAAGGCUUCUCCAUUUCUAUUAUUCAUACACAAUUCAACUCACCUAAUCCUGAUAAUUACCCACAUUUUACUUUCCAUCCUAUUUCUGAGAGCUUGUUGGGCUGUAAAGCUUCUAAUGCAGAUGUUAUAGGACUUCUGAAUACGCUUAACGUUUACUGUGUGGUGCCUUUCAGGGAUCUUUUGGCUCAGAUACUGUCACAGAACGCUGUCAAAGAGCCUGUUGCUUGCUUAAUUACUGAUGCUAUGUGGCACUUCACACAAGAUGUUGCAGACAACCUCAUGCUCCCAAGGAUUGUGUUGCGGACCAGUAAUCCAUCAUCUUUUGUUGCAUUUUCUUCUUUGUCGUAUUUUCGAGAAAAUGGGUACCUCUCGGCUCAAGGUUGUCAAUUGGAAGAGAAAGUGCCAGAGCUUCCACCUUUGAAAAUGAAAGACAUUCCCAUACUUGGCACACGUGAUCUAGAAGCAACUUAUGGAUUAGUUUGUAACAUGAUAGAAAAGACCAAGUCCUCAAGAGGACUCAUAUUCAACUCCUUUGAGGAACUUGAAGGUCCUGCACUGGCCAUGCUCCAACAAGACUUUAACAUUCCCAUUUUUGCAAUUGGCCCGUUUCACAAGCAGGCUCCAUCUUUAUCAAGUGGCUUGUUAACGCAAGAACGAGACUGCAUUUCCUGGUUGAAUGCUCAUGCACCCAAGUCAGUGCUAUAUAUUAGCUUUGGAAGCAUAGCUGCAGUUAGUGAGGCAGAUUUUCUGGAGAUUGCCUGGGGCUUAGCAAAUAGCAAGCAACCAUUCUUAUGGGCUAUUCGGCCUGGGUUGGUCCGUGGCUUAGAUGGGCCUGCUCCACUGCCAACUGGGUUCUUGGAGAAAAUUGCAAAGCAAGGCCGGAUUGUUACAUGGGCCCCACAAGACGAGGUUUUGGCCCAUCCUGCAGUUGGAGGAUUUAUGACUCACAGUGGCUGGAACUCGACCUUGGAAAGUAUUUGUGAAGGUGUACCAAUGCUCUGUUUUCCUUGCUUUGGUGAUCAGAUGGUUAAUGCUAGACAUGUAACUGAUGUGUGGAAGGUGGGUUUGCGAUUUGAGAAUGGACUAAACAGAGAUGAUAUAGAGAACUCUAUCAGAAGAGUGCUGGUGGAAAACGAAGGCAAGGAGAUGAGUCAGAGUUUGGCAUGUUUGAAAGAGAAGGCAAGUCUUUGUCUAGCAGCUGGUGGAUCCUCUCACAAGUCCUUGGAAACCUUGGUUUCACAUAUCUUAUCAUUUUGAUUAUUUUACUUCAUGAUAAAUGUGUACCCCUUUGGACCCUCUCCUUGACAUUAAUUAAGUGUAGGUGACUUUUCAAUGUGAUCAAAUGUUGUUUUCUAUGUACCCAAUUAUCUGCACUGCAAUGGUAUUUAAUUUUAUGCCUUUCUCAAA